CCCCAGACUUCGUAAUUAUUUAAACUGUUGCGUUCCAGCGUGGCGUAUUUGGCUUAGAUUUCUGCAUAGAAAUACAUAUCUGUCGGCAUUUUUACCUAUACAAAUACUGCAGUUCAUCAUGCCGAAGUGCAUUAAGAUGGAUCGUUUCCGAUAUAUAACCAGCGAAGCUUGGCGUGCUUUAAUAGCAGUAAGAACUGGGGAGUUCACAAACCUUUCUUGCUUUUAGAUCGAGAUGGGACUAAAAAAUCACGAAGUCGUGCCUCCAGAGUUAGCACUUAAAAUUUCUCACCUUAGACGAAGUUGUAUCGGCUUCAGCCAUCUAGUUCAAGAACAGUUAAUACUAAAUAGGUUGGUAGCCUACGAAACUGAUAACAAACAUUGUAAGUGUUCCUCAUGAUGACCAUGAUCUUAUCUGAAACUAACUGUUAUGAUAUACAAGCAGUUAGCGUAAUGCUAAUUUGCUUGCAUAUCUUUAACUAUGUUACUAUGAUAUUGGCGUUCCUGAAGGUUAAUGACGUGUUUUUUUUCCAGCGAUGAAAGGAUAUCGUCUUACCAACCUGGGCUACGACUACCUUGCUCUUAAUCAAUUUUUCAAAUCAGAGCAAUUGGAAAGUCUAGGAACAAUGAUUGGAGCUGGAAAAGAGUCUGAUGUCUAUAUUGCUGCUGCUGGUGCGCGAUGUGGGCGUCCGUCAGAUGGCUCAGAAGGCCCUUUGGUUGAUUUCCCAAAGGAAGGAGAUUCAGUCGUUGUUAAAUUUCACAGACUUGGGAGAACGUCCUUCAGGAAAGUAAAAGAAAAACGAGAGUAUCAUCAACAUAGAAGUAGUUGCUCUUGGUUGUAUUUGGAUCGUCUAGCAUCUAGACGCGAGUUCGUUAUGAUGCAGAGCCUUCGGAGUAAUGGUAUUCCUGUUCCUAUCCCUUACACCCACAACCGAAAUGCUGUCGUCAUGUCAUAUAUUGCUGAUAGCCUGCCACUUUACAGAAUACUUCCGAGUAUUUUGAAUUCUAAUGAGUCUGCUUCUGCACGGUCACUUUACUACCAAGCCAAAAACAUAUUGGAAAGAAUUGCUUCUCUUGGUCUUGUUCAUGGUGAUCUAAAUGAGUUUAAUCUGAUGGUUUCCGAUUUGGACCCUGAAGAAAAUACGGAGAUUAGUAAUCCCAAGCUGAUUCUUAUUGACUUCCCUCAAAUGAUCAGUCGUGACCACAAACUAGCUAACACCAUAUAUGAACGAGAUGCAGAAGGUGUUGUCAACUUUUUCAGCCGUUAUUUCGAUAUUCCACUCAACGAUCUACCAUCUUCCCUCGAUUCUAUAAAACGAGUUGAUUAUGUCGACGUGCAUUUAAAAGUUCCGGGUUACAUCUCCAAGAAUGCUACCAACCGCCAUUCUAAACACACAAUAGAAGAUUCACUCUUAGGUUCAGUUGCUCGACUUCAAUUAUCAUCAUUGGAAAAUAGCGAAGAUGAAGAAAAUACCUGUGACUCUGAUUCGGAUAGCAUCGAUUCUACUACUGAUUCUCAAGAAAAUGAUCAGUCGCAGAUUGAAGUUAAUGAUAAAUCUAAUUUAGAGGACAUAAACUACAAUAAGAAUAAUAAAAAGGAUAUUAACAGUGUACAAGAGACAAAAAUUACAACGAAACCUGCCUUGAUUACUGUUGAGGAAAUUCGUGAGCGUAAUCGUCGUGAAAGAAGACAUCAAAAACAAGUUGACUUCAAUCGUCAAAUCAAACGUCAUAAUCGCGCUGCUAUAAAACGUCAGGGUCGUCUUAAUAUGAAAGCUGAAGCAUUACUUUUUGGAUAGCUCAAGUUGUUUAUUUUUAUUUUGUUAAUUAUUCGAUCAACAAUAUUUUAACAGAUGUACCUAUAUUUUCUGUUACUAACACAAACUAAUGUGGAUAUUUCAACCUCUUUCAGAAUCUUCCUUAUAUAUUUUGUACACAAUAUUAAGAAGAUAAUUGUAUAGUUACGGUAUUUUUAAAAUCUGGUUUUCUCGUAAUUUCAGAACUUUUAUUGUUUUUGAUCUUGUUGUUCACUUUAUAAAUUGUAAAUAAGUGAUUUUCUGGUCAAUGUAUUACUGACUUUGCUUUUGC